AUGCUUAUCGGAAUUGUUGGCGCAAAAUGCGCCGGCAAGACCACUGUUGCUCAGUACUUAGUAGAGCACCACGGCUUCAAGAAGCUCGCUCUGAAUACCACUGAAGACCGACUCGUUGAGAACGGCAUAAAUGGGAAUACCGACGGGUUUGUUGCAACAUCAGAGCCUUCAGCAAACGCACCAGGGCUAAAGAACCAGCCCUCCUACCACCAACCCAGGGUCUCACCACCCGUUCAAACUUUUGGCAAUGUCACAGCCCUUCUGGACUACGUAACGAAGUCGUGGCGGUCUCGUUGGGUGACUACUUCUAUUCCUUCAGAAGCAGUCUUGGAUGCGCUCUCUCGCAGGCCGUUCUUCAUCCUGCUCUCAGUCGAUGCGCCACUGACAGUGCGCUGGCACCGCCAUCAAUCCCGAUCGACGCAGCCUACGUCCUUGGAGGACUUCGUCACAGAGUCAGAUGAAAACCUGUACUCGCCCAUCAACGGCGCAAUGACCCUAAUGUCACGGGCAGCCGUCCGGCUCCUGAACACUUCUUCGGAUCUGGCUCACCUCUAUGCAACUCUGGGCAAACUUGACCUGACCAAUGCCGACCGCCUGCGUCCUUCCUGGGACGCAUAUUUCAUGUCUCUUUCGAACCUCGCUGCUCAGCGUUCAAAUUGCAUGAAGCGGGCUGUCGGCUGCGUUCUGGUGGGACCUUCUAAACGUGUCGUCAGCACAGGCUACAACGGUACACCUCGUGGUGUCCUCAACUGCGGCGAGGGUGGUUGCAAGCGAUGCAACUCCGGCGAGUCUUCGGGCGUAGGAUUAGCUACUUGUCUGUGUCUCCACGCAGAGGAGAACGCGCUACUCGAAGCUGGCCGCGAAAGAAUCAGGGAGGGCAGUACGCUAUACUGCAAUACGUGUCCAUGUCUGACGUGUAGCAUCAAGAUUGUGCAGGUGGGCAUCAGCGAGGUUGUGUACAGUCAAGGAUACAGCAUGGAUGGGGAUACAGCAGAGAUCUUUCGAAGCGCGGGAGUAAGAUUGAGACAGUUCAUACCGCCAGCGAAUGGAUUGAUACAUCUCGAGAAAAUGGAGUUGUAUUAG